AUGGGAACCCGAAUGCUCCGUAGCAACAUCCUCCAGCCGCCCACGCUGUACGAAUCGUUCAUGGCCCCACGCUACGAGGCUGUCGAGGAGUUGACAAUCAACGACGAAAUGUUUCUAGGAAUUCGAAAAACUCUGAGGAACUUUCUCGAUGUGGAAAAACUCCUUACCAAGUUAAUCACCAUACCGGUAAUUUCAGCAAUCUCCCAAGCAGAAAAUCAGAUCAACCAGGUGCUCAUGAUCAAGUCGUUCCUGGAAGCGGCCAAGGAACUCCACGUGGCCAUGGGCCCGGCGAUCGCUCCCCUUCUAGUCAAGAUCCGGGAGCUCUGUAGCCUCGAGAAGAUCGCGGAAAUGCUACAAAAAAUCACUACAGUAUUGGAAUCCGACGUAGCAUAUACAAAAUCCGCCCUUGAUUUGCGAAAUCAGCGAACUUUUGCCGUGCGUUCUGGUAUAAGUGGCGUGCUGGAUGUCUCCCGGCAAGCAUACAAAGAAUUGACCGAGGAAAUCCACAGUUACGUCGAGCAACUAAACGAAAAAUUCGGCAUAAUUGCGACUCUGAAAUUCGACAAUGGCCGAAAAUACUUCCUGAAGCUCAGCAUAGGUGACUACAACAGUGUUGAUCCCCCUGGUCUCUUGAUCAAUGUCGCCAAGAAGCGUGGUAGUAUUGAAUGCCAGACUCUUGACCUUGUCAAGCUGAAUAUGCGACUAUCUGACACUUCAAACGAGGUAGUCUUUCGUAGUGACGCCAUCAUUGAGCAGCUGAUCACCGCUCUACAAGCAGACGCAUCUCAUCUCUUCAAAAUGUGUGAAUCGGUCGGCCUCAUGGAUAUGCUCGCCUCAUUCACCCAACUAAAGCAGCAUUGCUUUCAUAUCGUGACCGGUUUCAACAUGGGCGGCAAAAGCACGUACAUACGAGCCAUCGCGUUACUCCAGAUUAUGGCGCAGAUUGGCUGCUUUGUGCCAGCCGAAUAUGCCUCCUUCUCCGUUGUCCAUAACAUCUUCACUCGCAUUUCCUUGAACGAUAACAUUGAAGCAGGACUAUCCAGUUUUUCGGUCGAAAUGCGCGAUAUGGCAUUCAUUCUGCGUAAUGUAGAUCAACAAAGCAUGGUCAUCAUUGAUGAGCUCGGGAGAGGCACCAGCACGCGUGACGGGCUUGCCAUCGCCAUGGCCAUGGCAGAGGCACUUAUACAGUCCAAGGCGUUCGUGUGGUUUGCGACUCAUUUUCUAGAUCUCGCACGGGCAUUAGCCAACCGACCCGGCGUGCUGAACCUGCACUUGGCAACUGACUGCUCCAUCAGUGAAGCCGGGGUGCCGCACAUCACCAUGUUGUACAAGACCGAGCGCGGUCCCGAAAGUGAUGAGCAAAACUACGGCAUCAACCUCGCCAAGGCAAUGGGCCUUCCGGAGAUCAUGAUUAGAAAGGCGGAAGAGUUUGUUCGAGCGAGCAGGCUUCGCAAGGAAGCAAACCGGCAAAACCCGGAGGCACAAAAAUUGCAGAGACGGCGUCAGCUCAUCCUUGGUCUGCACGAAGCUUUGAAGCAAGCAAGAGUUGACGGCGCCGAAGAUGCCCUCCCGGGCUAUCUUAAGCAGCUACAGCAUGAAUUCGUCACGCAGAUGGCUGCAAUCGAGGACGGUGGCUAA